CAUUGCAUCUCCCUCCUCCCUCCCUCUCACUCUCUUUGUUUCGCCGCCCAUCCGUCUCUCUCAUCUCAUCUCAUACAUACUCCAAUACUCCAUCAAUCCAUCCAUCACACACCACCAGUGAUCGAUCACUCGACCCAUAAUCGAUGGCGGCAGCAGCAGCAGCAGCAGCAGACGCAUCAUCAGCAGAAGCGCCGCCGUCGCCGCCGGCGGCGAGCCGGGUGGUGUGGGUGAACGGGCCGAUCGUGGUGGGCGCGGGGCCAGCGGGUCUCUCAGUGGCGGCGUGCCUGCGCGCGCGCGGGGUUCCCUGCGUCGUGCUUGACCGCGCCGACUGCAUCGCGUCGCUGUGGCAGCGCCGCACCUACGACCGGCUCCGCCUCCACCUGCCUCGCCACUUCUGCGAGCUCCCUGGCUUGCCGUUCCCCGACAACUACCCGGAGUACCCCACCAAGCGCCAGUUCGUCGACUACCUCAACGCCUACGCGGAGCAAGCGGGCGUCCAGCCGAGGUUCAACCAGGCCGUCACGUCGGCGCGCUACGACGCCGCCGCGGGGUUCUGGAGGGUGCGCGCCGACGACGUCGUCCUCGCCGAGGACGCCGCCGCCGUCGCCGCCGGCGCUACGACGACGGAGUACAUCGGCCGCUGGCUCGUCGUCGCCACGGGCGAGAACGCCGAGCGCAUCGUCCCGGAGUUUGAGGGCGCCGAGGACUUCGCCGGGCCUGUGUCACACGUCUCCGAGUACAAGUCCGGCGAGGCCUACCGCGGCAAGCGCGUCCUCGUCGUCGGCUGCGGCAACUCCGGCAUGGAGGUCUGCCUCGACCUCUGCGACCACAAUGCCCUCCCAUCCAUGGUCGUCAGGGACGCGAAGGUGCACGUCCUGCCGCGGGAGAUGUUCGGCGUCGCCACCUUCUCCGUCGCCGUCUUCCUCCUCCGCUUCCUGCCGCUCUGGCUGGUGGACGCCAUCCUCGUCCUCCUCGCGCGCCUCUUCCUCGGCGACCUCGACAAGCUCGGCAUCCGCCGCCCUGCGGGGGGUCCGCUCGAGCUCAAGAACACCAGGGGAAGGACCCCCGUGCUGGACAUCGGCGCGCUCGCAAGGAUCCGCUCCGGACACAUACAGAUCGUGCCGGGGAUCAAGAGGUUGUUCCGCGGCGGCGCCGAGCUCGUCGACGGCCGCCGCGUCGCUGCCGACGCCGUCAUACUGGCCACCGGAUACCAGAGCAACGUCCCUCAGUGGCUCAAGGGAUGUGAUUUCUUCACCCAAGAAGGGUACCCAAGGGUGCCGUUCCCACACGGCUGGAAGGGGGAGUCAGGGCUCUACUCUGUUGGCUUCACCAGGAGAGGCCUCUCCGGCGUCUCCUCCGACGCUGUCAAGGUUGCGCAGGACAUCGCCGUGGAAUGGGAGAAGCAAACCUCCACAAUAUGAUGAUGAUGACGACGACGACGAUAAUGAUGAUGAUGAUGGAUGCCCAUCAACUUACCGAUUGAUGACCUCUCAUGCAUGCAUGGACCUGCGAACUUCAGAUAUCUCGUCAUCAAGCAUGCUUGUCCAGCAAAAGUGCAAAACUUGACAUGAAUUUGGCCAAGAGUUGUCCAAGCACAAACAGAUUCAGAGACAGAUCAUCUUGGAGCAGACAAGUUCAGGGAAACCAUCCACAAUAAACCAAGAAACAGAGGAGAAGCACAGCAGCGGAUCCAGACUCCGGAGGUUCCGAAAACUGGAGAGCGAGAACCUCAUGGUCAUGGUCAUGGAUGCUUGGGCAAUCGCAACAAGGCCGGAUUGAGCGCGUCAUGUGUAGAGCCCAGAUUUUGCUGUACCCUUGGGCCCUUAUAUAUGUACAGAGUGUUGUUAUUAUUAUGUAGUAAAGUUGUGUAUAGUAGUAGUACCUCUAGUGGUUGGUAGAAUGUUAGCGUUGACAUGCAUGUGUACCAUCUUGAUGUUUAUGUAUGGAGUUGACAAUGAGAAUGACCUAUUCUAUUUAAUUUUGUUUUUAAACAUUACA